AUGGUUAUCAUUAACUCAGUUUUGGUGGCCUCCUUUAAUCAUAUCCUUUCUGUUUUUAAAGUGCCUUCUACUAUUUGUGCCCACAUUGAUCAUCUACUGAUGCGCUUUUGGUGGCGUUCGUUGCCUUCAACGAUAGGAGUUACUUUGGCUCCGACAGCUUCUCCACAUUUACUUAAGGGUCUGGGAGGUUUAGGUCUUCGCCUGCUAGGGUGUUUUAAUAAGGCUCUCUUGGGUCGUCAGGGUUGGAGGAUGUUUCAUAAUCCUAAGCUAUUGGUGUUAAAGCUUCUCUUCUCUAAGUAUCCUUCUUUGCUCGCUCGUCCAGAGGAGAGGAUUCUUCAUCCAUCUUGGAGUUGUCGUGGUUUACAAGAGGGUUUGUCGGUUGUAGCCACAAGAAGUUCUUGGAAGGUUAGUGAUGGGUCUCGGGUUCAUAUUCUAGUGGAUAAAUGGGUCCUGGGGGGGUCGGUUUCUUUUAGGAGUGAUUUACUAGGGUCGAAUUUACCGACUCAUGUUUCUUAUAUUACUGAUCCGCAGUCAAACACGUGGGAUGUGUCGUUGGUCCAUCGGUUAUUCAAUGCUUUGACGGUAACUUGGAUUCUGAUCUUGGAGCGUCCUUGGUGGUCAAUGAAUGAUUUUGUUUACUGGAAGUAUACUAGGGAUGGUUCCUUCACUACAAAAUCUGCUUAUGCACUUUUACUUGGCCGACAAUUUAGUAGGUUUUUUGGGGGUCGUCCUAGUCCUGAAUAG